AUGGAGAAAAACGACGAUUCACCCGAAGACGUUAAGCGAGCCACUUCUGUCGAGCGUGAAAUAAAAAGGGGGGAAAAAGAUGAUAUGUUCGAAGGAUAUCCACGACAGGAGAAGAAAAAGAGAUGGGAACACUGCGAUAACACUCCUUCGAAGAAAUCUAAGGCAAAUUGAAAACCAAAGGCGAACGGGGAUUGUUGCGAGACACGGAACGGGCAGAAGAGAAAGACUGCAAAGUUUACGAAAGUUUCGGUGUUUGGAGAACCAUGUACAUUGCCAAAAGUAGACGUAAUCCCUAGACAUUGCUUGACGAAACAACAUUACCUAAAAGUAUUGUCAACUCCGAGUCGAAGGUGCCCGCCUGAUUGCCACAAAAGAACAGUGAUUAGAAGGUUAAAGCCUGUAUCGCAAAGAAUCAAGGAAUUGGCUCAACCGACAAGACAACGAAUGCUCAUAAGCUUACAGCAAGGUGCGGCGACAUUACCACCGGCGCUUUUGGACAAUCUCGUUAGAACCUUGGAGAAUGAAACGUGUCUAACACCCGAACAAGCAGCGAUUGUUUCGCGGAAAAAGAAACUCGGCAAGAAGAAAAGGGAGAAAAGAGAUACGUGGCGGCAGAAAGAGUCGAGUAAAUUGAGCAAACCGAGUAUUGGUGCUGCGAGUGCAGGAUUGUUCGACAAAGAUUCAGCCCUUUGCCAAUAUUUGAUAGCCGAACGUUUCGUCAAAAGUAUUCUAAAGUGGAAGUGUCCAAUUCCCAAGUCGGAAUUCAGCGACGUCUCGAAAGUGAUCGAGAAACGCUUGGUCGAAACUCUCGAGUAUAGUGCCCCACAAAACGAAGAUCGUAAGUCGCAGCAGCUACGUUUCUUGGCUGAUGUAAUAGCCUGUUGGAUAUCUGGAGUGUUGUCGGACGUUGCGAAAGAUCAGGAAGAAAAGCUCCAAGAGGAAUGCAAAAGAAAGGAAGAAGAAAUGCUAGCUGCGGAAGAGGAAGAAGAUGAAGAAACGGGCGAGGACGAGGACGAAGGCGAGUAUGACGACGAGGACGAGGACGAGGAUGAGGAAGAGGACGAGGAAGGAAAAGAGGAAAGGGACGAGGGCCAAACAAAAGAUUCGGAGAGAGAAAAAGACAAAGAUGAAGUAACGGAAGACGAUGGGAAAGGCGUAGAGGAAACGUCCCCUCCUGACAUGGAUGAAUCAGAAAAAUCUAAAACGGAAGGUGUGACGGAGUCGGAAACGCAAGAAAAAUCUGACGACGCGGACAGAGAAGAUGUCGGAACAGCAACAGAGGAAGUGGUGACGGUGGACAAAACAGUGGAAACCGAAACGGACCCAGAUUCGAAGAAGCAGGAGGCAGACGCGCAAGUGGACCAUAAACCUGUAGAAGCAAAACCGGGAACGGGAGUGGAGGAGGAACAAGGAAUGGAAGAGGAAGAUAAAGCAAAAGCGGAAGCAGAAGCGGAAGCAAAGAGGCAAGCAGAAUUGGAAACAGAAGCGAAAAGGAAAACAGAAUUGGAAGCAGAAGCGAAAAGGAAAGCGGAAGCGGAAGCGGAAGCAGAAGCAAAGAGGCAAGCAGAAUUGGAAGCAGAAGCGAAAAGGAAAGCAGAACUGGAAGCAGAAGAAGCGGAAAAGAAAGCAAAAAUGGAAGCAGAAGAAGCGGAAAAGAAAGCGGAAACGCCAACGACGGCGGAGACAGAAGAAAAAGUAGUAGCGGCAGAAAAACUAAGUGGAGAGGAGGUUGAUAGACAAACAACAGAACCAGUCGAUGAAUUACCGACGGAGAGUGAGAUCGAACAACCGGAGGAUACGGUAGCGCACGUUGAAUCGAAAGAAAGGGAAGAAAUUGGUAAAGAUGAAACGGAGACGAAGGUCUCGUCUGUUGUUUCAGGAAGAGACAAAGUUGCACCGGAAGAAGAUAAAUGGAAGGAUAUAGCGGUAAUGCGGGAUCUAGAGGAGUUGUUUAAAACUGAUCUUCCAUUCGUUACCUUUGGUAAAAUUAUCGAUACAAUUUACAAAAUGAUCGAGAGUACUCCAGAAAAUACCGGCGAAGAUCCCAUAACAAAUGGUAUACAUCGUGUAAUUUACGAAAAGUUAACGAAUAUCGUGAUGUUGGAAGAUCCAAACUUAUUAACGGAGGAACUGAAAGAUGUGGUAGACGUGGUUUGUGGAAAAAUUGCGAACUGGUUAAAAUCGAUCUUGAGUACAUCGCAAGUCUCGUUCAUGGAAAAAUAUAUACCAGUAGUAGAAUCGAAGGAAAUUCGAGAUUGGACCAAGUGGCUUGAACACGUUAGCAACGUUGCUAUAGAUUGGAAUAUAUGGUUGCGCGGUGUCAUCGAGAAAAUUUUUGAGAUGAGAGGUGCAAAAGUUACGCGCGGAGAGUGGCAAGAUUGGACAAGGUCCGUCGAUGCCGGAGCCUUACUUUGGAGGAGAUUUCAUAUGCAAACCAUACAUCAAGCGCAUCAUAACAUUGCAAUGAUGAUAGGUCGUCGCGUCGUCAAAACUGGAACUAAAGGAACACUCUCCGGUACUUCGGAACAGCUACUUAACACUACGGAGUUACACACGUAA